UGAAAAGGAAAUCACGAAGAAUAAUAACUUUGAAUGUGGAAAUCCAAACUUGAAUAACACGUUAAGUGAUUAUAUAAAUCAAUUGCACAGCACAUGUGGUUGCAAAUUGCCAUCAUCAAAACCCAAAUCUUCAAAUAAAAAGCUAGAUAAUUAAAGUGCAGCCUUUCCUUAACUAACUACACAUUUUCCUUUUAAAUUCUAAUUUGCUCACAUACAUCAUGAAUGACCCAUUGAAGGCAGCUUCACAAAUGGGAGAUAUAGACUUUCUCUACAAACUGAUUCAGAUGGAACCAUUUCUGUUGGAGCACACUGAUUUGAUCCCAUUUGUUGAUACUCCUCUGCAUAUUGCUGCUGCUGCUGGGCAUGCCAGUUUUGCCACUGAGAUUAUGAGACUCAAACCUUCCUUUGCUUGGAAGUUGAAUCCCUAUGGUCUCAGCCCCAUGCACCUUGCUUUGCAAAACAAACAUUACAGAAUGGUUCAACGCUUCGUCUACAUUGACAAGGACCUCGUUCGAGUGAAAGGGAGGGAAGGCCUUACCCCUUUACAUGUUGUAACUCAAGCUGGAAAAACUGAUCUCAUAGUUAAAUUCUUAUCAGCAUGUCCAGGUUCCAUUGAAGAUGUCACUGUUCAGAGUGAGACUGCUCUUCAUAUUGCUGUGAGAUAUCAACAGUUUCAGGCACUGGAGGUCUUGCUCGGCUGGCUUCAGAGGACCUGCCAUAAACAUGCUCCCAAACAGGAAAAACGGGUUCUCAACUGGGAGGAUGAGGCAGGAAACACUAUUCUCCACAUUUCAGUUCUCCAAGGAUUCCCACAGGCAGUUAGAUUGUUGAUAGAUACCAAGAUAGACUUAAAUGUUAAGAAUUUGGAGGGUUUAACAGCAUUGGACAUAGUGGAGAUGCAUCAGACACACCCUUACAGUGCAGAGAUCAGGGACAUGAUAGUUACAGCAGGAGCUUUACAUGGUUUUUCACUUUCUGCUGCAGCACCCUGUGAACAAGAGCUAAGAUCCAAAAUCACAUUCAAUGAGAGAGUAGCAAUUUGCGCUACUCGCCUCAGAAGGAGAAUAUCAAACGACACGCGCAAUGCUUUGUUGGUUGUAGCUAUUCUUUUCGCGACAAGCACAUAUGAUGCAGCACUUAACCCUCCUGGUGGCGUUUACCAGUCUGAUAGUAGUAGUACUGCUUCAUAUAAGAGGACCGGUCUCAGGCCUGCUAGUAAUAGUCAUGGUGAUAGAGUGCAAGAAAAUCUUGGGAAAGUGGUGAUGAAGAUUCAAACAUUCUUUUGGUUCUGGUCAUUCAAUACAUGUUCCUUCUAUCUUUCAAUUUUGAUGAUAUGUUUGCUAAUGCCUAGAGGGCGCAUCAGUGUUAUAGUGACUUCUCCACUCAUUCUAUUUUCUGGUUGCUAUGUCUUCUCCAUGCUGGUCAUAUCACCUAGUGUUAAGUGUACCAUUGCCACAGUUGCUCUGCCAUGCAUGCUUAUGUUAUUCUACUGUUGGGGAACUUCAGUGUACAUUAGAUUAGCCAAAAAGCUUAGAAAUUAUGGUAAUCAACAUGAAGACAAGUCCAGGUUUUCAGGGGGAAACAGAUGGUAAUGGUAUGGUAUAAAUAUGUUGCAUCUUGUAACACUUACACUUGACAAGAAUGUCUCUAAUUGGUUACACCAUGUACAAGUCUAUACUCAAAACAGCAUUUUUUCUGCUUAAA